UUGGUGGCGCCUUUAAGAAAUAUUUAUGUGUCUCAGUCUUUUUUUACCUUUGCUUGGUAUGCUGCAAUAAACAGCAGUUCUGAUGGAAUAACGAAGACGAUGCGAAUAUGGAUCAUUGACCCUGAAGAGGCUUCCGAUGAUGAGAUUGGUCAGAUUGCGAACGUUCCCUCACGUCAUUCCUACUACCUCACCAAAAACUUCUUCAACCUGGGUCAGUUUCCCAAAGUCACCCUACCAUCCUCCACCAAAACGUUUACUGGGAAGUUCACUCCUGAUCGAUUCUGGGAGGUGGUGCUGGAGUGGAAACAAAGCUACCUCACAGUGGGCAUAGAUGGCCAGUCCGUCAGCUUUCAGCACCGCUUCGUCUAUGAAGCUUCCCACACCUUUAACUGGGAACCCAAAGAAGGCCCUUAUGACGGAACAGAGAUACCUUUGUUAGGGCCCAACGUGACCAUACUGAUCAAGGACCCUUGCGCCCCCCAUCGGGCUCUAUUCAUGACUAGGAAUAGCAUACGAAUCACCAGUGACGCUUUCCGCUCCACCAGCGUUGUGAAGAUGUACUCCUUGUACACCAGGCCCCCAAGCGGCUUCUACAUGAUUGACAACGCCGCCCUGCUGGACGACGGCAUCAUCUUGCACAUGGCGGACGGGCUGUACUGGAGGUCGCAUCAGACGAGGUUCUUCGAGUUCAGGGAAGAGCUUCCCACCAUUGGUGUGCGAGGGAUCUUACAGAGGACCACAUGCUUAGAUAACCACCCGCUGCAAGAGGUAGUAGAUUUUGGGACGGUCUUGUUUUGGACAGACAACGAGUUGUUCAUCGGGGGUGGUCGGAUCACAUCCCGUCGUGCCGUAGGGACUUACAAAGAGCUGCUCUUCCAAGUAGAUCGAGAAAAACGUAUCCUGACCGCGGCUUUCGGCUCCGACCCAAGCACGGUGGGCAUUCUCUUCACCCAAACAUCGAUUUACAAGCCCGUGCUUAAGAUUUUCAACCACCAGACAAGUGUAAUUCAUCCCAGCUCCUUUCUUGAAAGUGGGGUGUCCCCUGAAAACAUGCCUAGAGGGCUUUUACACAUGCGCUUCUAUGAGUCAACCAAGGAGACACUGCUGCUGUGGAAUCAAACAGCUCUGUGGUAUAGUUUCCGUGACAACAACCAGUGGGGGACGCUGAAAGUGCCUGGUUUCCAUUCCCUCGGGUCGGCUGUACCUGGCAAGAAUAUACACGAAGUAAUGCUUGAUCAAAAAUGGAACCUUCUUGUAAAGAUGACGAACAACCAGAUGUUCUUCUGCAAGUUUGGUGUGACAGAGUUGGUCUGGCUGGAGUACUGGGUUCGGGGCGGAAUCCCUGCUUCUCUCCACACGGACCAGAAGAACCAGGUCAUCCUGGUGACAGAGCAGGAGCUAGAAGACGAUGUACAAUUUGAGUUAAACCCCUUCCCCCUGAAGUUGGAGGCGAUGAGCAGCAUGUUAGGAAAACCCCAUCAUGACUGUCCCUAUGUCACGUUCAAACACAGCAUGAACAACUACGGCUACUACCUGGACAAAGGGCAGGAGUUGUUGUUCUGGGCAGAGGUGGUCUAUCACGAAGGGAAGGGCGUGCACAUCCAGGUGCUUAGGAGCAGAGCAAAGCUGCUGGAAUUUGAUCUCUCCAACGACUUUGAGUUUAUCCACGGGGUUUUCAUGGUGACCAUGACCAUCAAAACCAAGCAGAAAAUGGACUACACAUUGUCUGAGAACUAUACCUUUGACAUGGACAAGUCACAGGGGGUUAUGAGGGUGGAGAUCGUCCCCAACCUGAUCGCAAACAGAUGUGACCUGCCAAAGAACAGGGUGAGUAUUUUACCAAGUAAGCACAAGAGAAUUCCUGCACUCAGAUUUCAAAUUCUAAAAAGGGCAUGGCAAAUAAUUACAUCUGUGUUGCCAAAGCGUGCAACAAGCAGUAAGUAAUUACAAUUUUCUAACGCUUGAUGUACAGUUAGAGGAAACUUUAUCACAGCUAGUCCCAGUGGACAUGUUCCAGCUAACUCGGUUCUCAGUGCGUAGCAGGCAUGAAAAUCCCUCACCUUUCGGCGAAAUUCGCCGUUUUGAAACCAAAAUAGGUGACCUACGUGAAUCGUGUAGAUU